AUGAACUGCCCCUCGCGGAACGACGAUACUCUCGCUCAUCCGAGUUGGAAUCAGAGCCCACCGCCUUUCAGCGCGGACACCACCACGCGGAAUGACUUCAAUGGCCUCGCGAAUUCCCGCGUCCAUCGCAGACAUGCUGCCAGCUCAGAUACGGCAGAUGAUCCAGCGUCAACUGAAAAUAGACCGCAUAGCCAGCAAGAGCGCGACCCGGGGAAGGAAAAAUCCCCCAGUGGCGAAGUGACCGCCGCUGGGGGUGAUUCACCCCCGGAGAGCAGGUCACCUCGCCUUCCUUUUUCUGAAUAUCUACACAGUUUGGUCCUGCGCUGGGCCCAAACCUUGGUGAAAUUUGGUCGUUUUAUCGGCCCUGGCUUUCUCAUCGCCGUCGCCUACAUUGACCCGGGAAAUUAUGCCACCGAUGUCGCAGCCGGUGCGCAAUUCAAGUACGCAUUGCUGUUUAUCGUCCUGCUAUCCAACCUCUUUGCCAUUCUGUUGCAGUCUCUAUGCAUCAAGCUAGGCUCGGUGACAGGAUUGAACCUCGCAGAGAACUGUCGGGAGCAUCUUCCAAAAUGGGUAACUAUCUGUCUGUACAUCCUUGCGGAAGCCGCCAUUGUCGCGACAGACAUUGCAGAGGUGGUUGGAUCGGCCAUCGCGUUGAAUCUACUGUUGAAAAUCCCUCUGGUAGCUGGCUGUGCCAUCACACUGGUAGAUGUCCUCUUCAUUCUCAUCUUUUACCGGCCUAAUGGCACCAUGUGGGGGCUCCGACUAUUUGAAUUCUUCGUCAUGGCCUUGGUACUCGGUGUGGUUGUAUGCUUCUGCAUCCAGCUUUCCCUCAUCCAAGACCAAUCGAUUGGUGAAGUCUUCCGAGGCUAUGUACCUUCCUCGGCCAUCGUCACAUCGGAGGGGCUUUAUCAAAGUUGUGGAAUCCUGGGGGCCACAGUCAUGCCGCAUUCACUCUUCCUGGGAAGUGGUGUCGUCCAGUCUCGUCUGAAAGAAUUCGACGUCACAUCUGGCUACGUGGAGAGUACAGUAACUUUGGGUAAUGCCGAUGGUGAAGUCAAGUACCGUCCAUCCAUAUACGCUAUCAGAGGAUGCAUGAAAUACUCGAUCGUUGAGCUUUCACUAUCGCUUUUCACGUUCGCUCUGUUUGUGAACAGUGCGAUUCUCAUCGUCGCGGGUGCCUCCCUUUACAAAGUGCCUGGCGGCGCUGAUGCGGAUCUGUUUGGUAUCCACACUUUGCUGUCCUCGUCCAUCUCAUCUGCUGCUGGCUUGGUGUUUGCCCUCGCUCUUCUUCUGUCGGGUAUCUCGGCUGGUAUCGUUUGUACAAUCGCUGGCCAGAUGGUGAGCGAGGGGAUGCUGAACUGGACUAUCCGACCCUGGAUGCGCAGGCUCAUUACUCGCUCGAUCAGUAUCAUCCCCAGUAUCAUCAUUGCAGCUGCGGUCGGAAAGGAUGGUCUUGACAAGACUUUGACAGCAAGUCAAGUCGUCCUCAGUGUGAUCUUGCCGUUUGUUUCUGCGCCUCUCAUCUGGUUCACCUGUUUCAAUCGCUACAUGACAGUCCGAACCGAGGAACCUGGCGAGAAUGGUGAAGUCGAAGUGGUGACGGUCCCGAUGAGGAACAGCCUCUUUACCUCGAUUCUAGCUGGUGUUGUGUGGCUCGUCAUCGUUGUUAUGAAUGUGGCCCUGUUGGUCCUUGUGGGCAUGGGUAAAGCAUCUUGA